AGCACGGUAGUCAGUGAAAAUUAGCAAAAUAGAGACGGUUUCUCAGAGACAAUUACAUACAUACGUACAAGGAAAGCGGAAUCGGAACGAACUUCAAGUGUCUUGUACAUAUAGAGACCAUAUCAGGUGCAGCUACGAUGUACUCUGCUCUCCGGCGCUAUUCCGCGUACUCGAGCGGAACCUUUGGACGACGGCUCAAGCUGCUCACGCCGGUCUAUCCAACUGCAAAUAAUUCCCACAGCCCUUCCAAUGGCCAAAUAACACCGUACCUUCAGCAGCAACAACAACAGCCACAGCACGGCCUCUACAAAACCACAAUUCCCGUUGGUAGCUCUCGGAGCACCAGCAGCAGCUGUUCUCACUGCCGAACAGCUGACCCGCGCUCAGGCGCACUAGCGAACAACAACAAUGAGAGCACGGCAGCCACAACCACCCUGCCCACACCAGCCCACAUUCUCUCUCGCACACACACCCAUACGGCGGGAGCAGCACCAUGUAGAUGUGGCGACGCUCCGACGUCGGCGCAAAAAUGGCGCAGUAGUCGUGUGUGUAACAAUCAUACGACUACAACGACGACAACACUCGAAUACGAACUUUCCAAUUUUGCAAAACUAACGACACAAAUCAGUACGCAAAGCGACGGCGACAGAGCAACAUCAUCAUCAGAAGCCCCAGCAGCAGCAGCUGACCGAGCAGAAGCAGCGAAGCCAAGCGAUCAACUACAAGCAACGGACUUGCCGCCUCCACCGCAAGGACUUCAGCUAUCCUCGCAGCACCACUGGAACCAGCUUCACCGGAGUCUCAACGCUCUCCACCAGCAGCAACUGUGCCACAGCUUCCAGCCGCCGCAGCGUUCUUACAGCAACUGCAGCAACAACAACGACGACAUGAGCAAGUUAGUCAACAUUGACCAGUAUACGCCCCGCGAUCGUCUGGGACUUUGGGGCACCGGCGACAACGAAGUCGUUGGAAGCAUCUCCGGAUUAACCCGUCUCCACGACAAGCGCUAUGCAAAGGGUCUGGCUUUCACACACGAGGAACGCCAGCAGUUGGGCAUCCAUGGCCUUCUGCCGUACGUGGUGCGCGACGAUGAGGAGCAGGUCAAGCACAGCCGCAUCCUGCUUGACCGAUUGGAGAACGACUUGGACAAGUACAUGUACCUGAUCAGCCUGUCGGAGAGCAACGAGCGUCUGUUCUACAAGGUGCUCAGCUCGGACAUCGCCCACAUGAUGCCGCUGGUGUACACCCCAACGGUGGGCCUGGCCUGCCAGAAGUACAGCCUGAUCUACCAGCACGCCAAGGGCAUGUACAUUUCGAUCAAGGACAAGGGCCACGUCUACGAGGUGCUCAAGAACUGGCCCGAGACAGAUGUGCGCGCCAUUGUGGUGACCGACGGCGAGCGUAUCCUGGGUCUGGGCGAUCUCGGCGCCAAUGGCAUGGGCAUUCCCGUGGGCAAGCUGUCCCUUUACACGGCUCUGGCCGGUAUCAAGCCAUCGCAAUGCCUGCCCAUUACCUUGGAUGUGGGCACGAACACUGAAAGCAUCCUGGAGGACCCCCUGUAUGUGGGUCUGCGCCAGAAGCGUCCCACCGGCGCCCUCUACGACGAGUUCAUCGAAGAGUUCAUGAAGGGAUGUGUGCGUCGCUUUGGCCAGAACUGCCUCAUCCAGUUCGAGGACUUUGCCAACGCCAAUGCUUUCCGACUGCUGUCCAAGUACCGUGACUCGUACUGCACCUUCAACGAUGACAUUCAGGGCACCGCCUCGGUGGCCGUGGCCGGUCUGUUGGCCUCGCUGAAGAUCAAGAAGACCACGCUGAAGGACAAUGUGCUCCUGUUCUUGGGAGCUGGCGAGGCCGCUCUCGGCAUUGCCACGCUCUGCACCAUGGCGAUGAAGGCCGAAGGACUCACUGAUGAUGAGGCCAAGGCUCGUAUCUGGAUGGUGGACAGCCGUGGCGUCAUUGUCCGUGACCGCCCAAAGGGUGGCCUCACCGAGCACAAGCUGCAAUUUGCCCAGACUCACGUUCCGAUCGAUACCCUGGAAGAGGCUGUGCGUCGCGUGCGUCCCAAUGUGCUGAUUGGCGCUGCCGCCCAAGGUGGAGCCUUCACCAAGGAGAUCCUGGAGAAGAUGGCCGAGAUCAACGAGACCCCCAUCAUCUUCGCCCUGUCGAACCCCACCAGCAAGGCCGAGUGCACCGCCGAGGAGGCGUACACACACACCCAGGGCAAGUGCAUAUUUGCAUCUGGAUCCCCGUUCGCCCCAGUGACGUACAACGGCCGCAAGUUCUAUCCUGGCCAGGGCAACAACUCGUACAUCUUUCCGGGCGUGGCUCUCGGUGUCCUGUGCGCCGGCAUGCUGACCAUUCCCGAAGAGGUGUUCCUGGUCUCGGCCGAGCGCCUUGCCGAGCUGGUCUCCAAGGAUGAUCUGAACAGGGGCAGCCUGUACCCACCCCUCACCUCGAUUGUCAACUGCUCGAUAGCCAUUGCCGAGAAGAUUGUGGAAUACGCCUACAAGAACGGACUGGCCACCGUUUAUCCCGAGCCCGCCAACAAGGUGGCCUUCAUCAAGGCACAAAUGUACGAUCUGGACUACCCGCGGGCCGUGCCUGCCACCUACCACUUGUAAAUGGAAGUACCCCUAGAUCUAGCUGUGGCAUGGCAGCGUACUUUCCAUUCCACUGCGAGCAGUCGCCGAACACGUGCAUCCCCAGAUAUUAAACCGGCACGAGCAGAAACCAUGUUAUUUAUUAUAUAAAAUCUCACAUCUGUCUAACACAUAGCAAAAUUGUACCACGCCUAUCCACAUCUGUAUGUAUUUACUCGCCCCACGGGCUCCUAAAGCUCCUGGCCAGACCCUACUUUGAGAACUGCGUUUACCAACUCCACAAACAAUUUUUUAUGAUGUCGAUUUUAUGUAAAUGGGCUAUUGAUCUACUAGAUAUGUAAACAAAUUCUAUGUAAUCUUGAAAAACACAAACUAGGCUAAGUACCUACAAAUAAAAUACAA